UUUAGCGAUACAAAGAAUAAAAGGGAGGAGAAGUUUUCUUUAAAUGAAAACAAAAAGAAUGAUUUAUCUGAAGUUCUGAACGGAUAAAUUCAAAUCCAACAAGAUACAUAAAAAUCUGUUCCCUUCUUUUGUCACCGGAAACAAACCGUUGUCGAGAAGUGUUUCGUUUCUGAGAGUAUUUUCCAGGGUUUGGGGAUGGGGGAAUCGAACGCAGACCUCUUCGAUCCCCGGACGGUCAUGGACUCGGACUUCUCGACGGGUGGGCUCGCAUGCAGGUCCGGGUCCGUGUCCGACUCGGAUUUCGCGUUCGCCUUCAACGACAGCAAUUUCUCCGAUCGGGUCUUGAGGAUCGAGAUAAUACCCGAUUUUCCCGAGACCAAAUCGGACGGCGAGGGUGGCACCAGCAUCGCUGUUUGGGUCCGCAAUAGGAAGAGACGGAGGGAGGAGAUUAAGAAAGAGACUGCAGUGGAUCUCCUUGUCGACUUCGGAGAGCAGAUUAUAAACUGUAACAUGCCGGAUACGGAGGAUGGUGCCAGCUAUGGAAAUGAAGAUGAGGAAGAUGUGGCAAUGAUUGAGGAAUUACCUUCAGGUGAUGAGGCUGCACCUAGCAAUGAUUCAAUGUGGAGCAUGGACUGCUCAACCGUUCUUAGAGUCAAAACCUUACACAUAAGCUCUCCAAUUUUAGCAGCAAAGAGUCCAUUUUUUUAUAAGUUGUUUUCAAAUGGCAUGAGAGAGUCAGAGCAGCGACAUGUAACUCUACGAAUCCAUGCAUCUGAAGAAGCGGCCCUUAUGGACCUUCUUAAUUUUAUGUACAGCAAUACUUUGUCAAGAAUGACAACUACUGCUCUGUUGGAUGUGCUUAUGGCUGCUGACAAAUUUGAGGUUGCCUCGUGCAUGAGAUAUUGUAGUAGAUCAUUGCGGAACUUGCCAAUGACUUGCGAGUCUGCAUUGCUCUAUUUAGAUCUUCCUUCUACUGUUUUAAUGGCUGAUGCAGUUCAGCCAUUGACAGAUGCAGCCAAACAGUUUCUUGCUGCACGCUUCAAAGACAUAACUAAGUUUCAGGAUGAGCUGCUGAACUUGCCCCUGGCUGGUAUAGAGGCAGUGUUGUCCAGUGAUGAUCUCCAGGUGGGUUCAGAGGAUUCUAUUUAUGAAUUUGUGCUGAAGUGGGCUCGGAUCCACUACCCAAAACUCGAGGACCGAAGAGAGGUCCUUGGCUUGCGCCUCUGUCACCUCAUCCGUUUUCCAUACAUGAACUGCCGAAAGCUAAGGAAAGUUUUAACCUGCAAUGAUUUUGAUUCUGAGGUGGCAUCAAAGCUUGUGCUUGGGGCUCUCUUGUUCAAGGCUGAGACACCAUUCCGGCAACGCUCCCUUGCCGCAGAGGAGGCCAGUGGCACCUGUCACCGAUUUGUGGAACGGGCAUACAAAUAUCGCCCAGUCAAGGUGGUGGAAUUCGAACUACCCUCUCAACAGUGUAUUGUGUACCUGGACCUGAAACGGGAGGAUUGCGCAUGUCUGUUUCCCACUAGUCGACUUUACUCCCAUGCUUUUUACCUGGGUGGACAGGGUUUUUUCUUGUCAGCUCACUGCAACAUGGACCAACAAAGCUCAUACCACUGCUUUGGGCUAUUUUUGGGGAUGCAAGAAAAAGGAUCAGUUAGUUUUGCUGUUGACUAUGAGUUUUCGGCAAGGUCCAAGCCUACUGAGGAGUUUGUGAGCAAGUACAAAGGAAAUUAUACUUUCACAGGAGGGAAGGCUGUCGGGUAUCGAAAUCUUUUUGGGAUGACCUGGACAGAAUUCAUGGCUGAGGACAGCCUCUACUUCAUCAAUGGGGUUGUCCAUCUUAGGGCUGAGCUCACCAUCAGGAAAUGAGACAAUUUCAGGUCUCAUUUGGUGAAGCUUUUGAUGGGUUCACUUCACCUGACACCUCUCUCUCUCUCUCUCUCUCUCUCUCUCUCUCUCAUUUAGCAUCUGGCCAGCCCUAGUUUUAUUUUGUGUUUUAGAGACUGUGUAAUAGGUUGCUUUACUGAUCCACAACAAUUGCCUUUCUGAGGUAGAUGGAUAAAAAUGGGGAUUUGAAGUAUAAUGGGUUCUCCCCUUUUGAGUCCAAUCUCAAAAAGGAGGAAAAAUGUCUCUUCUCAAGUGUGUUGCGUUAGGGCAAUCCGUUGCCUUUUGAA